AUGGCGCUGGACUCGGAUUCAGGACUGGCUCUUCUAAGGACCAGACAGGAGACCUCGGGCCUCAGCAGGCCCCUGCGCCCACUACUCCGCACCCCUCCCCGCAGGGAAGCGAGCUCCAGGCCCCCCACCCGCCCUCCGCCAGCCGAGAGCGCAGAGCCGGAGCAGGGCACCGCGCGGGCUCGAACCCCUGCUCGCUGCGUGGCCUUUUCCGGCCAGCUGUGCGGGCGGCUGGACAGCGGCGGCAGCGAGAGCGAGGACUCGAGCGCGGGCGGCAGCCACGACACCAUGGAUCUGUCUUUUAUGGCCGCCCAGCUCCCCAUGAUGGGAGGCGCCUUCAUGGACUCGCCCAAUGAGGACUUCAGCACCGAGUAUUCCCUCUUUAACUCCUCCCCCAACGUGCACGCGGCCUCCAACGGCCAAGGUCAGCCGGAGGAGCCGCCCAGGUCCUCCAACGACGCGGUCCUGCUCUGGAUCGCCAUCAUAGCGACACUGGGGAACAUCGUGGUGGUGGGAGUGGUGUAUGCCUUCACCUUCUGAGCCUCGGGAGCUCCGGGCCGGCCCACCUGCGCUGGACUCACUGAUGGCGCUGUCCCCGCUGGCCUGUGACCGCACCCAUGUUCUAGAACCAGGAGUUCUGACCGGGAGCACAGCCUCUCAAGCGGAGCGACCAUGCAUCCGGAAUUUCCCCCAAGCAGCCCCGAUUUCAAACCCCUCCCUGCUGUGGUUCUGCAGAUCCAGAAAGUGUGGAAGCUUGGGCAUCCGGCCCCUGGAGGCAUGACAAGGCAAAAUCUUCGAGCAACAGUUUGGAAAAUUCUUUUUUUUUUUUUUAAUUUUAUUAUUUUUUUUCCAUUUAUUUUUAUUAGUUGGAGGCUGGAAAAUUCUUGAAACUGCAUUUCACAAACGUGAGAUCGGAGGGAACAGCCAAGUUUGGUUUAAAAUAACAGAUGUGAUUGGAUGAUCCCUUGCUGGCACUAAAUCAUCACUUAUAUGUCUUGUUUUUAGGCAAACAUAUUAAUAUCACCCCUGGGGUGUGGGGUGAUGGGGCAAGGGCGGCCUUCAGGACCCGAGUGUUUCCACCCCAAUCUGGUUUCCCACUCAGCCCCUUGGAAUAUUGGUGGUGGCCCCUGGAACGGUCAUAGAACAUUCCUCCUUUGACCUGGAAAUGGUGUCUUUGAUGCCAGACACCUGGUCCCUUAUGGAACCCAAGGAUGGGGGAGUUCCUGGCGACGUGGGUCUCAGGGGUGAUAGUGGUGGUGAUUUUUAUCUGCCGGAUGGACUUUCUCGUCUUUGUAAAGAGAAGAGAAGGUGCCUUUAAAAAUAAGACCUGCCAGGCGGAGAACUCUUCUGGCUACCUGCUCAAGAGGCUCUUUCUUCUCUGAGAAGUCAAGGAACUCUCGAGAUGAGGUCUGUGCAUCUCGUGAAUUGGUGGGUGGGAGAGAGAGGGGUGUGACUUGCCUGUGGUCGCAAAGUAUGGGACGGCAGGGGUCAGAGCAGGAGGGACAUUUCCUGACUGUGAUUCAAGGCUGUCUCUGCCCCACCUCAGCCCUUUCUUGAGCACAUUCCUGCCUUCUCAGCUGCCCUGGGUGGGCAGGGAGUAUCCAGAUGGUUCUGAAGCUGUGUGCAGGGUGGGCAGGGCGUUAAGAUACCCACGCUUUAGACUCUGCUAGGCUACUGUGCAUUUCUACAGGUGUAAUUGUGUUCUGCCUGAGUCAGUUUCCUGAUAUGCUUAAAAAUCAGUGGAUGGGGAAUCCUGGCUAGCCUGGGAGCCCUUUCAUUAAGACCACAGGCCUGUUGGCCUUUGAGUGCACCCACAUGCUGGGGGAUAUUCACACAGCAAAGGACUUGCUUUUCUUCCGUCCUUAGGAAAGUUCAUGGCAAAGCACCUGCCUCCCCAAGACAGCCCUCCCUGUCCCCCCAAGAGUAGGGGGAGCUAGGACACAGGCUGGUUUGCCCACAAGUCCAGAGUGGCUUUUUCCUUGCUUCCUCCCUGCAGUUGGACAAAAGGAAAUAGAUGCCAUAAACUCCCUCUCAGUGGCUGAGACACUUCAAAGACUGGUAAAGAAGCCCUCAUGUGUAUUUGGGGACAAUU